GCCUCCGCUCCGGUCGCCUCUGGCUCUUCAAGCUCUCGCCACCCGGGAGAAGCUGUUCCGGCGUCGCAUCCCGCGGGGAAAAUGGUGGAGCCAGGGCAAGAUUUACUGCUUGCUGCUUUGAGCGAGAGUGGAAUUAGUCCGAAUGACCUCUUUGAUAUUGACGGUGGAGAUGCGGGGCUUGCAACUCCAACACCUACCCCUUCAGUUCACCAGUCAGUGCCACUUAGUACACUAGAACUAGGUUUGGAGACUGAAGCAGCAGUUCCUGUAAAACAAGAGCCAGAGACGGUGCCCACUCCAGCACUAUUAAAUGUUAGGCAGCAGCCUCCGUCUACUACAACAUUUGUGCUGAAUCAAAUAAAUCAGCUUCCACCCUUGGGAUCUACAAUAGUAAUGACUAAAACACCACCGGUAACAACGAAUAGGCAGACCAUCACUUUAACAAAAUUUAUCCAGACGACUGCGAACACACGCCCUUCAGUCUCAGCACCAGCAGUACGAAAUGCCAUGACUUCUGCACCUUCAAAAGACCAGGUUCAGCUGAAGGACCUACUAAAAAAUAAUAGUCUGAACGAACUCAUGAAACUGAAGCCACCUGCUAAUAUUGCUCAGCCAGUUGCAACAGCAGCUACUGAUGUAAGCAAUGGUACAAUAAAGAAAGAGUCUUCUAAUAAAGAAGUAGCAAGAAUAUGGAUAAACGACAUGAAAAUGAGGAGUUUUUCCCCCACCAUGAAGGUUCCUGUUGUAAAGGAGGAAGAUGAACCAGAGGAAGAAGAUGAAGAAGAGAUGGGCCAUGCGGAAACCUAUGCAGAGUAUAUGCCAAUAAAAUUGAAAAUCGGCCUUCGUCACCCAGAUGCUGUAGUGGAAACUAGUUCCUUGUCCAGUGUUACUCCUCCUGAUGUUUGGUACAAAACGUCCAUUUCCGAAGAGACCAUCGAUAACGGCUGGUUAUCAGCGUUACAGCUUGAGGCGAUUACGUACGCCGCCCAGCAACAUGAAACCUUCCUACCCAAUGGAGACCGCGCUGGCUUCUUAAUAGGCGACGGUGCUGGUGUAGGAAAAGGAAGGACAAUAGCAGGAGUCAUCUACGAAAAUUAUUUGCUGAGCAGAAAAAGAGCGCUGUGGUUUAGUGUUUCAAAUGAUUUAAAAUACGAUGCUGAAAGAGAUUUGAGGGAUAUUGGAGCAAAAAACAUUUUGGUCCAUUCAUUAAAUAAGUUUAAGUAUGGAAAAAUUUCUUCCAAACACAAUGGGAGCGUGAAAAAGGGUGUUAUUUUUGCUACCUAUUCUUCCCUCAUUGGCGAAAGUCAGUCUGGCGGGAAAUACAAAACUAGGUUAAAGCAGCUUCUGCAUUGGUGCGGCGAUGACUUCGAUGGAGUGAUAGUGUUUGAUGAAUGUCAUAAAGCAAAAAACUUAUGUCCUGUUGGUUCCUCGAAGCCGACCAAGACAGGCUUAGCAGUUUUAGAGCUUCAGAACAAAUUGCCAAAAGCCAGAGUUGUCUAUGCUAGUGCCACUGGUGCUUCUGAACCACGAAACAUGGCCUAUAUGAACCGUCUUGGAAUAUGGGGUGAGGGAACACCGUUUCGAGAAUUCAGUGAUUUUAUUCAAGCAGUAGAACGGAGAGGUGUUGGUGCCAUGGAAAUAGUUGCUAUGGAUAUGAAGCUUAGAGGAAUGUACAUUGCUCGACAGCUGAGCUUUACUGGAGUGACCUUCAAAAUUGAGGAAGUUCUUCUUUCUCAGAGCUAUGUAAAAAUGUAUAACAAAGCAGUCAAGCUGUGGGUCAUUGCCAGAGAGCGAUUUCAGCAAGCCGCGGAUCUGAUCGACGCCGAGCAAAGAAUGAAGAAGUCCAUGUGGGGUCAGUUCUGGUCUGCUCACCAGAGAUUUUUCAAGUACUUGUGCAUAGCAUCCAAAGUUAAAAGGGUCGUGCAGCUGGCUCGAGAAGAAAUCAAGAAUGGAAAGUGUGUGGUAAUUGGUCUGCAGUCUACAGGAGAAGCUAGAACAUUAGAAGCCUUGGAAGAGGGCGGGGGAGAAUUGAAUGAUUUUGUCUCAACUGCCAAAGGGGUGUUGCAGUCACUUAUUGAAAAACACUUCCCUGCUCCAGACAGGAAAAAACUCUAUAGUUUGCUGGGAAUCGAUUUGACAGCUCCAAGUAACAACAGUUCACCAAGAGAUAGUCCUUGUAAAGAAAAUAAAAUAAAGAAGCGGAAAGGUGAAGAAAUAACUCGAGAAGCCAAAAAAGCACGAAAAGUAGGUGGCCUUACCGGUAGCAGUUCUGAUGACAGUGGAAGCGAGUCUGAUGCCUCUGAUAACGAAGAAAGUGACUAUGAGAGCUCUAAAAACAUGAGUUCUGGGGAUGAUGACGACUUCAACCCAUUUAGAGACGAGUCAAGUGAGGAUGAUGAAGACGAUCCCUGGUUAAUCAGAAAAGACCACAAGAAAAACAAAGAUAAAAAAAGAAAGAAAAGCAUAGAUCCAGAUUCUAUUCAAAGUGCCUUAUUAGCAUCAGGUCUUGGAUCAAAACGACCUAGUUUUUCCUCUACACCAGUUAUUUCGCCUGCUCCUAACAGCGCACCAGCUAACAGCAACACCAACAGUAACAGUAGCCUUAUAACAAGUCAGGAUGCCGUGGAGAGGGCCCAGCAGAUGAAGAAAGACCUGCUGGAUAAACUAGAAAAAUUAGCUGAAGACCUUCCUCCUAAUACCCUGGAUGAACUUAUUGAUGAACUUGGUGGCCCUGAGAAUGUCGCCGAGAUGACUGGCCGCAAGGGGAGGGUUGUAAGCAAUGAUGAUGGAAGCAUAUCUUAUGAGUCAAGAUCUGAACUUGAUGUCCCUGUGGAAAUACUAAAUAUCACAGAAAAACAAAGAUUUAUGGAUGGAGAUAAGAACAUCGCUAUCAUCUCAGAAGCUGCCAGCUCAGGUAUUUCGUUACAAGCAGACCGGAGGGCUAAAAAUCAAAGGCGAAGAGUUCACAUGACUUUGGAAUUGCCAUGGAGCGCCGAUAGAGCGAUUCAGCAAUUCGGACGAACUCAUAGAUCAAACCAAGUUACUGCUCCCGAAUACGUCUUUCUGAUUUCUGAAUUGGCAGGAGAACAGAGAUUUGCAUCUAUUGUUGCCAAAAGACUUGAGAGUUUGGGGGCACUGACACAUGGCGAUAGAAGAGCAACAGAAUCUAGAGAUCUGAGCAGGUUCAACUUUGAUAAUAAGUAUGGAAGAAAUGCUUUAGAAAUUGUCAUGAAAUCUAUUGUAAACUUAGAUUCUCCUAUGGUAUCGCCACCUCCAGACUACCCUGGAGAAUUCUUUAAAGAUGUCCGGCAAGGGCUCAUAGGAGUUGGCCUGAUCAGCGUGGAAGACCGCUCGGGAAUCCUUACUCUGGACAAAGGUGAUGGUGCUGAUUAUAACAACAUAGGGAAAUUCUUAAAUAGAAUUUUGGGCAUGGAGGUGCAUCAGCAGAAUGCACUGUUUCAGUAUUUUGCAGACACACUUACUGCAGUUGUUCAAAAUGCCAAAAAAAAUGGAAGAUACGAUAUGGGAAUCUUAGAUCUUGGUUCUGGAGAUGAAAAAGUGAGGAAAAGUGAUGUUAAGAAGUUUCUGACUCCGGGAUAUUCAACCUCUGGGCAUGUAGAGCUAUACACGAUUAGUGUAGAGAGGGGAAUGUCCUGGGAGGAAGCUACCAAGAUUUGGGCAGAGCUAACAGGACCAGAUGAUGGCUUUUACUUGUCACUGCAAAUAAGGAACAACAAGAAAACUGCCAUCUUAGUUAAAGAAGUCAACCCUAAAAAGAAGCUUUUCUUAGUUUAUAGACCAAAUACUGGGAAACAGCUCAAAUUAGAAAUUUAUGCUGAUCUAAAAAAGAAAUAUAAGAAGGUGGUCUCAGACGAUGCCCUGGUUCACUGGUUAGAUCAGUACAGUUCGUCCGCAGACACUUGUACUCAUGCUUAUUGGCGCGGCAACUGCAAAAAAGCAAGCUUGGGAUUAGUUUGUGAAAUAGGCCUUCGUUGCCGCACAUAUUACGUGUUAUGUGGCUCAGUACUGAGUGUCUGGACCAAAGUCGAGGGUGUUCUAGCAUCUGUCAGUGGCACAAACGUGAAAAUGCAGAUAGUUCGGCUAAGAACAGAGGAUGGACAGCGGAUCGUAGGUUUGAUCAUUCCUGCAAAUUGUGUGUCUCCUCUUGUAAAUCUCCUGUCAACUUCAGACCAGUCUCAACAGCUUGCGGUCCAACAGAAGCAGCUCUGGCAGCAGCGUCACCCCCAAAGCAUCGCCAACUUGAGCAACGCAUAAGAACAGACAGGUUUCAACAUGGAUGUAUCUGAAAUGCUGUUGAAGCUUAUCAUUUGCAUAAAAAUCAGGGACAGUUUCCAAAGAAUUAUAAUUUUUUUCAGUUGUGCUCUCUCUAGUUAAUUUUUUUGGGAAUAAGGACAAACCUGGAAUAGAUAGCAAAGCCGAAGAUGAGCAGUGGCGAUGGUGGUGCAUAUGUCUUUCCUUUCGCUUUGCCCAUGGUACUUCCCAUGCGCUUCUGCUCUGGGCGAGCAGAGGGGAUGUGCGCGUGCGUGUGUGUUCGUCUGUUUGUGAGUUUGUUAAAGGCUACGAACCACAGUUGGUUUAAAAACGCUUGGAACUUCCCAAACUGGCUUUACUUCAUGUUACACAGUGCUCAGGGUUAACGCAGUCCAUCCAUGCCAUUGCUGCGGGAGUUAUCCCCGGACGCAUGUGUUUGAGUCUAUAAAUAUAGAACAUAUAUAUCGGUUUCUUUUUCCAACUUAUUAAACACUAGGUUUAUUAAAGCAUGAAAUGAAAGGUUGCACAUCAUGCGUUCAGGUUCUUUUCUAGUUUUUGUUCUGACAGUGCAUGUCUUUGAAAGCAUGCGUAAACAAGAUUAACACAGAAGUCCGGUUACGGAGAGAAACAUUUGUAGGUGUAUAGCAUUGGUUAUUGCAUUUUUAUAAUGUUUAUACCUGGGUGUUGCUUCUGGCCCUGUGAACCUCUCCCCCUCCCCCAUUCUCCCUGCCCCAGGUUUCUUGUCAAGGUGACGAGUACAGACUUUUUUUUUUUGUGAUAAAAUUCCUAAAAGUUCAUUUUAAUGUAUUAAUAGUAUUCCUAAUGAGUGCUGCAAAAAUGGCUACAAGCCUGCUUUUCUCAAAAUUACAUUUUCCUUAACUUAAAGGUAGUUUUAGGAAGAAGUACAAAUCAGCUUCCAUCUUGCAAACAAUCUUUUUUUACUUCAUUUUCUUAAUUUGCUUUGUCACUCAUAAAAAAGGAAACCGUACUUGAGCUGUAAACUAGACAAUGAGGAAACACUUGAGGCUUCUGCUGUAUGUUUAUUUCUUGUUGUUGUUGUUACCCAGUAACUUGAAUAUUGUUUAAUGUGUUGUAAGACAUUGUAGAGUUUAUCUCAAGCUGUUAAAAAUGGUAAUGUACAAAUGUGAAUAGACACUUAUCUAUAAUAUGGGUAAGUUUUGUUUCGCCUAUAAUAGAUGUUUUAUAAAAACAAGUGAGGGGACAAUUGGUCUUUUUGUUUCCUUUUUUUGUUUCUUUUUUUUUUUUUUUUUUUUGCUUGCACAGGUUGCACUAUUGAAAAAUUGAGAUUGUAUAAACCUGGUCAAAAGCUGCAAGAUGCCAGUCUUGUAGAUGUCAAAUAAAAAGUUCUUACCCUAA